ACUCGCGCGCGCACACACACACACACACACACACUCAUUCUUUUUCUCUCUACUAUGAUACUAGGUGAUAACAGAGAACAGAGAGUUGAAAAGACCAAUUACAGAGAUAGGGUGAGUGCAUCAUCGCUCAAACAAGCGUACACACACACACACACACUGUCGCACUCCUACACACUAUACACACUACACACACACACUACACACACACACACACACACUUACCGAGACAACAGAGCGGAAUAAUUGCAGCACGGCGACUUUCACCAUCUCACUCUGAACUUUAGUGAAUAAGUGUUGUUCGCUGCGCUCGUGUCGAUCACUACCGUCAUCAUGUCUGGAGCUAAUAGUGAUCACCUGCACAGGUCCACCCUCAACAUCUACUCGAAUCUGAUGGAGCAAUUCAACCCAGGUCUGCAGACACUGGUUACUUUAGGAAACAACUAUGUCAAAGCUUUUCAAGCCUUGGCGUUGACAAGUGAGGCCUAUUUCAGUGCCCUGGCGAAGAUGGGCGAGCACGCACUUCACACAGCCUCGUCUCGCUCUCUUGGAGAUGUGCUGAUCCAGAUUUCAGAGACUCAGAGGAAGCUCACGGCGGAGGUGGAGGGGCUGUUCCGCUGGUUUCAUGUGGAGGUGCUGCAGGCUCUGGAUAAGAAUGUGAAGCUGGAUGAAGAGUAUAUAGAUGGCAGCAGGAGAGUGUAUGAGAUGGAGGUCAGGAAUCAGGCUGCAGCUUUGGAGAGGCAGUUGAGAAGAGGCGCUUACAGAGACUCUCUGGAGAACAGUGAGUAUAUGCAGUAUUUAAGGCAGAGCCAGCAUGAGAUUCUGAGAGAGGAGGAGAGGAGAUAUCGCUUCCUCGCCGAAAAACACUGCGGAUUAACACACACCCUGCUGUUCCUCAUCAACAAGACAGGAGUAUCUCUGCAGCAGAAAUCUGAAGGAUGGAAGGAGAGGGUGAACGAGAGCCGGAGCUCCAGACCCCGAACCCCCACUCCACUAGAACCAGAUACACUGUUGAGGACCUCUGUGAGCUCUCUCCUCCAGACUGGAGAUAAUUUGGAGAUGUAUUCUGGGAAGGAUCAUCAGAUGUUGGGCAGAGUUCCCUCUAGAGCUCCGUCUCCUCUCCCGAGUCGCUCUCGCUCCAGCUCCGUUGGCGAGUCUUUAGGUUUGGUUGGUGGUCGAACGAUGAGAGCUCUGGUUUCUCACCCGGCCUCCUCCAAUCCGGUGCUGCUGCCGUUCUCUAAUGGAGAGACGCUCACCGUCCUCAUACCAGAACCACGUAACGGCUGGCUGUACGGCCGGCAUGACGCCAGCCUGCGGCAGGGCUGGUUUCCUGCAGCAUACGUCGCUCCUAUAGAAGACCUUCAGUCACUGAGCUCUGGUGGGGCCUCGCUCCGAAGCCACAGCAUGAACAAUCUUCUGGAGCCCACGAGCCAAUCAGAAUCUGUGGAUGUGAAGAGCACAUCUGAAAUCCCGCUGCCUGCUCCUCCCAUUCGGAGAGCAUCAGCGGACCUUCGGCCGAUCUCUCCCGCUCCCGACAGGAAGACGGAGGCUUCCUACGAGACCAAGGCUACUCAAAAGACUUACAGCGAGAUCCCGCCCCCUGCCCCGCCCAUCCGGAGAGCUUCUGGUGAUUUCCGCCCCGUCUCGCCUCUCAUCGACAGGAGGGCCGAAUCUCAUUUCGACAGCAAAGUCGAGCACAAGGGUUACUCUCAGAUCCCGCCCCCGGCUCCGCCCCUUCCUAAGCCUGCUGAUGCUCGCCCGGUAUCGCCCCUCCCAGAGAAAAGGGCGGAGUCUGGGUAUGAGAGACCGAAACCUCGAGGACAACCUCCAGAGCAUCCUCUCUUUCCCAGGGGAUCAAAUCCGUUCGCCACAGUGAAACUCCGGCCCACGGUGACCAAUGACAGAUCAGCACCGAAAAUCCACUGACCCUCACCACAGCAGCCACACAUGAGCUGGCCUUUCUAUUGGACAAUAAAAGUAUAAACACCUGAGUAAGACUGAGAGAUUGAAGCUAAAUCAACGUGAAUUUCCUAAAUCCUGAAGCACAGAUCACACUCACGGUCCUAACACACCACAUUCACACACUGCACAUGAGCCGUCUGUCACAGCUGGAGACGUGUAGAUGGUUUCCUCUGGGUUGGUUGGUCCAUUUGGAAGCUCAUCUGUUCGGAGCGUCGUAAAAAAGCUCAUCUGUUCUUAUCUGUUUGGGAUUGGACUAUCCAACUGUCCAACUGUGAAAGCUGCUCAGUUCCAGUUGAUGAACUGAAUCGCGUGUGUGUGUGUGUGUGUGUUUUGGGACCUGUGAUUUUUUGCACCAUCAAUGGACCCUAUAAGCUUUUCCAGAGUAUUUAGCUCAGCACACCGCUGGUCAAAUACUGAGGGGAAAAACGAUAGGAAAAAAGAACCUGCACAAAGGUUUUGUUUUAAAAGAUGCUAUGCUAAUGGCUAAUGUUGCUAACAAACACUGGGCUUAUGACUAUAUUAUCUCUGGGAUUAUUUACCCAAAACCUUAAUAUAUUUGCUUUAAACAUUCUUAAAAGCUGAGUAAACAAGUAAAAAAGAGAGAUCUUAUAUCCCAGAUUUGUAUAGUUUUCAAGCUAUAUGGACCAUCAGGCAAUUAGCUUGUUACACAUGCUAGUGUAUUUAAAAUUAGCCAAAAUUAAACCCAUUUUAACAUUUUUGUAGGCGUUAGCCUGUCUUAGCCUGAUUUAAACCUGUUUUUCUUACUUAGGUGGAGUAAUACUUGUUAGCUUGUGUAGUCUGUCUUAACUUGAGGUGAAUCUGUUACUUACAUUUAUAUAAAACACGUUCCUAAAGUUCUUUACACUCAAUAACUCUCACAUUAAGAUAAAGAUCUCACAAUCAUAGCUCUGUUCUUACCAGCUUCAGUCUCUUUUAGAACUAGCCAUUUAGGGGCUCUGACACUUUUAUGCUAAUAAGCUGUUGCUGGCCACACCCCAUGUUUACGCUGAGUGUUGUUAGCUUGUGCUAAAUGGCAAAACACAAACAAGCUAUUUCAUGCUUAGAUAUCCCUCAUCUGCUGACUCGCCACAGACGGUAGGUACAGAUUCCUCCCUCAGACAAAGUCUGCUGGCUGAUCCUGCUGUGUUUCUGUGGGUGGUUCUAUACAGGUUUUCUUAUUGUGACAUCACAAUAAGAGAUGAGUAUCUAAACGGCUCUCAUAGAAGCAGCAAACUCUUUUAGCUGAUUCACUGAAAACAGAGGAUGGAUAUUUUUGAUGUUUGGAGUGUUUAUAAAGGCAGUCACAAAAGCUCGCAAAAUGUAUUUUUUUCUUAAUAUGUCCCAUUUAAAUCCAAUAUUUGUUAGCCAUUUGAGCCUAGCAUCUCCCGUUCUACACUAAAAAGCUUUCUUCAUGUUUUUUUCAAAUGUUUGCUGGUUGGUUCAACUGAGAAUCUGAUAAAUGUAAAAGGUUUUGUGCUUCAUAUUCUGUCCCAUAAACUUAGAGCUGAGUGUUCUCCUCUGAACAUGUUGAAGCCUGAGACUCUUCUGUGUGACCUUCCACAGAUGUAAAAGGUGUAGCCGACGCACUCAAAAUAAAUCUAGGUUUAUUUAUAAAGGACCGUAGCGUACAGUUAUGCCUAUUGUCAUUUAGUACAUAUUUAGUACAGAUCAAAGUAUAUGACUUAAGGAUCUUGGUGCUUUGGCUUUAUCUGAGAUAAGUGGAUAAAAAACUAAGUAAAUUAAUAUUUUCACCUAAACUUUCCUUUAAAUUGGUCAUGAAACUGUUUGAUAUGUGGAACACUGCAUAUUGUCAUAUAAUGUAUAAUGUAUGUCUAUAGUUUUAAAAAAAGUCAAAUUGCUUUAUAUAUUGCUUAUAUAUGUAUAAUCAGUUUUACUGUAGCUGUUUUGGUCAUGCAAAUAAUAAAUACUAAUUCAUGAAAUAAAAAGCUGGGCUUUUAUUUCUGGUAAUAAUAUACGUUGUCUGGCCACUUUAACAGAAACACCUCCAUUCAGCUUCACCCACUUUGUGAAAGAACAAUGCAGAAGGUGUUUCUAAUAAAGUGGCCACUGUGUGAAAGAACAAUGCAGAAGGUGUUUCUAAUAAAGUGGCCACUGAGUAAAGUAUAAGGUACAGUAAGUGUUUCUAAUAAAGUGGCCACUGUGUGAAAGAACAAUGCAGAAGGUGUUUCUAAUAAAGUGGCCACUGAGUGAAAGAACAAUGUAGUAGGUGUUUCUAAUAAAGUGGCCACUGAGUGAAAGAACAAUGUAGUAGGUGUUUCUAAUAAAGUGGCCACUGAGUGAAAGAACAAUGUAGUAGGUGUUUCUAAUAAAGUGGCCACUGUGUGAAAGAACAAUGCCGAAGGUGUUUCUAAUAAAGUGGCCACUGUGUGAAGAAACAAUGCAGAAGGUGUUUCUAAUAAAGUGGCCACUGAGUGAAAGAACAAUGUAGUAGGUGUUUCUAAUAAAGUGGCCACUGAG